AUGGCGUCGUCCAACGAAGCCGUGACCAUCGAGUCGCUACCCGAGCUUCUCAAGAAUGACAACAAGGUCAAGCUUGCCGGUAUCGAUGUCGACGGCAUGCUCCGAGGAAAGCUGGUGUCCAAGAACAAGUUCCUGUCCGUCGCCAAAUCAGGCUUUGGCUUCUGUUCUGUCAUCUUUGGUUGGGAUAUGCACGAUAUGACAUACAUCAAGGAGCUCAAGAUCAGCAACGCCGAGAACGGCUACCACGAUCUGAUUGCCAUCCCUGAUCUCUCUAGCUUCCGCCGCAUCCCCUGGGAGGAUAAUGUGCCCUUCUUCCUCGUCAGCUUCUUCGAUCCGGAUACGCAAGAGCCCAUUUGCGCGUGCCCUCGUGGUCUGCUAAAGAAUGCUCUGGCCAAGUUGCAAGCCAAGGGCUACGGUGCCAUGGCUGGAGCCGAAUACGAGUUCUACCAAUUCAAGGCGCCUACGCGCACCGCCGAAACCUCGAGCUCAACGGCCGGAUACUUGCAAGAGAACCCCCCGCAAGCUUUGCCGUCCUUAACAGAGGGCAUGUUUGGCUACAGUUUGACCCGGACGGUGCACAACAAGGACUACUUCUAUGACAUUUUCGAGACUUGUUCUCAGUUCAAGUGUGAUAUCGAGGGUUGGCAUACGGAGAGUGGCCCUGGUGUCUUUGAGGCCGCGCUUGAGUUUGGAGAAAUCGCACAGAUGGCCGACAGAGCCAGCUUGUUCAAGUACGUUGUCAAGUCGGUCGCAACAAAAUACGGCAUUACGCCGUGCUUCAUGGCGAAGCCAAAGCAGGGCUUGCCUGGAAACAGCGGACACAUGCACGUUUCCAUUGUCGAUAAGGAUGGCAAGAACCUUUUCGCUCGGGAGACGAAGGAUGAGAAUGCGCCAUACCCCGACGUCGCUAAUCUCUCCGACCUGGGCCGGCAUUUCCUGGCCGGCUUGCUGGAGGGUCUUCCAGAUGUCAUGACCAUGCUGGCACCCACAGUCAACUCCUACAAACGCCUUGUCGAGAACUUUUGGGCGCCAGUGACAGUAUCAUGGGGCUUGGAGCACAGAGCAGCAUCAAUUCGCCUCAUCGCCCCGCCGACAUCGAAGCCUGGCGCAACGCGAUUCGAAGUUCGUGUUCCGGGCGCAGACACCAACCCUUUCUUCGUUCUGGCAGCAAUUCUCGCCCUCGGAUGGCGAGGCGUGGAGAAGAAGCUGGAGAUACCCGUCCCGCCUUUGGGCAAGGGCGAGGAUGUUGGCGGUAAAGCUGACAAGGGCGUGCGGCUUGCAAAGAGUCUGCGUGAAGCAAAUGAUCGAUUCAUGCGAAAGGAGAGCAUUGCAAGAGAAGUGUUCGGUGAUGACUUUGUCGAUCACUUUGGCGGAACAAGAGAUCACGAAAUUCGGGUCUGGGACGAGGCCGUGACAGACUGGUAUGUGACAACCCUCGGAGUAACAUCUGAUGGCGAUGAAGAUGAACAUGGCUAA